AGUAAGUUAUAAUUUUUGCGUAAAGUAGGUGCGAUCUACAUGUGGGGUGAUUUUAAAGUUCCUUCCUAGAAUGUUUACAACUUUUUGACUUUGGUGAAAAGUGUGGUUUUAAACGUAAGCCAAAAUAACAAAGGAAAAAACAAAUCACCUGUAAGCGGGCGCUUGCGUGGCAGGGUGAACUGAACGGAGAAAUUUGAGGGCUUCGCAGUGCAUUUUGUUACCAUCGGGCCGACAAUCUGGAAGCGAGCGAAAAGAGACGCCACCGACGUCGCCGUCGCUUUCUUGAUAAACUCGCGAACUUGUUGAUCGCCGUAGCUACCUAUUGCUUUGUGACUCAAUAACCGCCGAGAGUGUAAUUUAUUUAAUACAUGUGACCUAAUUGAAUAAUGUUUAAUUGAAGAAGUUCUUCUCCACUUCUGUCUGUUUGUUACGAGAUGAGUUCGGGUUAAACGGGGUACAUUCACAGCUUCACCAUUAAUUCCACACUUUCCAUGAUGAUGGAUCCUACGGAUCCAAGCGAAAAGAUCGUCCAGGAUCAUCGUAAUCGCCUGGGCUGGGCGAAGGCGAGCAACCUGACCAUAGAGGAUCUGCCCAUCGAUAUGCGUUCGAACGACGGCCAUAGACUUUCCAUCAUGGUGUACAGUAUUUUGAUGGUGUUUUCCGCGGUCGCGAACAUUACAGUUUUGGUGUUGUUAGUGAAAAGGCGCAGAAAGACGCCCAGCAGAAUUAACACGAUGCUGAUGCAUUUGGCCAUUGCUGAUUUAUUGGUUACGUUUCUCAUGAUGCCUCUGGAAAUCGGUUGGGCAGCAACUGUUUCAUGGAGGGCAGGCGAUUCGAUGUGUAGAAUCAUGGCUUUCUUUAGAGCUUUUGGAUUAUUUUUAUCCAGCUUUAUACUUGUUUGUAUAAGCGUUGAUAGGUUUUAUGCUGUUUUAAAACCUCUUCACUUAGCAGACCUUGACCAAAGAGAGAGAAUGAUGCUGAUUGGUGCAUGGAUGGGCGCCGUUAUUUGCAGCAUUCCACAGAUGAUCGUGUUUCAUGUGGAAACCCAUCCGAACAUCACCUGGUACAAGCAGUGCGUGAGUUUCAACGUGUUUCCAUCAUACACUCACGAGUUGAUGUACAACUUAUUCGGCAUGGUAAUGAUGUACGUCUUUCCCCUUCUUGUCAUCAUUUAUUCGUACGCCUCUAUCCUGAUGGAAAUAUUCAGAAGGAUGCGAAAUCCUAUCGGAGCUGAUACAAUAACACGGUCGAGUCUACAUUUUUUGGGAAAAGCAAAAGUUAGAACAUUAAAAAUGACAAUAAUAAUAGUGUUCGUAUUUUUUGUUUGCUGGACGCCAUACAACGUGAUGUGCUUGUGGUACUGGUACGAUCGCAAAUCGGCUCUCCAAGUGGACCAGAGGGUGCAAAAGGGCCUCUUCCUGUUCGCUUGCACGAACUCCUGCAUGAACCCGAUAGUCUACGGAGCGUUCAACAUACGAGCUCGGCGACAGGGAGCGCAGGUUAGACCGCGGGCCAAUACAUACACCACCAACACAUCCACAGUCCACAACAUACCCCUAGAAACCAAGUUACCGAUAGAACUCUCGCUAAAGACGCUUGAAUAACAAUCCGCCAAGUGCUAAGUGUGUAGAUAAAAAGUUUUAGUUUUUAUUUAUGUGUUUUUGCAGGGGGUCACUUAAUUAUGGUUAAUUUUAGAGAGUUUUUAAUAAAAUAUAAAGGGUGUAGAAAAUGGCGUACCAUAUUUAAAUCAAAUAUAAUAACGCAUUUCACCAUGAUUAAUUUUUUUUAAUUAUUACAUCGCGUAAAUGAUUUAUUCUUAAAUAAAA